AGUAAAAGUAAUGCCCUUACGGGUAGGAUAGAAUUUUAUAUUGUGAUCAUUAACACGUUUGUGGAUGCUUUUGUAGGAAAUGAUAGCGAUGUUUUAGGUAGAAAUUUGAAUCCAUCUGCUCUUAAUAAUGAAAGCCACGUGUUCAAAGAGCUCCGGGAUGCAAUAUAUUUUUCGCGAAACCCAGCGGUUGUUAGUUGGGUUGGGGAAGGUGGAGGAGUUUGGAAUAGUGGUCGAGAGAAUGUACUUGGAUCAGCUAGGGCAAGUACCGAUUUACGGCACAAGGACAUACUGCAGGCAGUCAUUAAUUGG